CUACAACCACAAUGGUCUGCAGAACCACCAGGCCCAAACAAACCUGUAUUCCCGACUUUCCUGCUUUUUUAUCGCUCUGAUACCGAAGGCCAAUGAAGCCAUAGUCGAGAAGACGCAAGGUAUCACCAAAUCCCGCAACCUAUUCUCGGACUCUCCAAUACUUGACGCAAACAGCCUUUUCAUCGGGAGGGGGACGAGUGCCGCACCGAAAGGGAGAGAAUUGCGCGCGCUGGUCGCAGGGAAGGUGAUUGCUCGAUUGUGCGCUCCCCACUUCUACUCGUACCCGCACCUGUUGCAAAAAAGUAUAUGCACAUGAUAUCAGUGUAUUGUUUUCUGCGCUGAUAGGCCAGAUACCUAGGAUCGCCCUCAGCACUGGACUUGGAUCCGGCCCAGGAGACUUCUAUCGGCAGGGAAUGGUACAACUUACAAUGGUGCUAUCGGCGAAUUGCAACUGAAGCACUAAAAAAGAAAAGGUAGCCCCGUGAGGGGUCGUGGCGGCAAAUCAAUGUAACCCGUAUGAUACGCAUUCUCAGUGAUUGCUGCCGUGUGCUCCAAAAGCUUGGAUCCUGAUUGAGUGCUCCCAUAACCAAGCGCCUGAUCAUAGCAUUGUGAAUGCUGGUCAUGACCAUCAGUGUCUGCGCGCUCGCUAAACAAAGAAUGCGCCGAUCAUGCCUAACACAAAUCAUCGACGCCGACAACUUGAGCUAGUCCGUUUCCCGUUUGUUUGGAGCAUAUAUAUUGCCUAGCCCACAGGAACAUCAAUCAAUCCCUCUAUCAUUCGUUAUCGCGGUUGCCCGCGACCAGAGGCACCCUGAUCCGAUCCACGGUUAUGUUUAGUUCCACCCUACACGUGUGCCUUCUUGCAUUCUGAUCUCGAGCGUUUGAGGUGGCAAUAAACUGCUGUUUAUGGGGCGGACCCCCUCGGAGUUCGCAGUCUCCCAUGUUAAAUCGUAUUAUAUUCCUACCUAUACCCAAUCUGCCAUGCGAGCAUAGGGCGAUCAAAUGUCAAUGUGUCAAUCAUGACAAGUCCCUUCGGCGAAGCAAUCAAUCAAAUUCCCGAUUUGUGGGACGGCUAAUGGGUUAGAGGUUCAAUAAUGGUGCUCCCCACUCAAAACCAGUACGGUCCCCCAUUCCUCAUGAAGGCCGAAGCUUCUGGACUCCUACUAAUCCCGGCAUCAAAGGGUCGGUGACUCGAACAAUAAUUCCAUUGAUAUCCACGUAAAGAUA